GAUCAGCGUCACAGCAAUUGAAUUCCCCAAUCAAAGAUGGCGGCGACGUAUUGGCGAAAAGACAAGGAUAGUCACGCGCGGCUGGUGACGUGGCCGGUGCACGCAAUGAUGGCGGCGCGCUGAAGUGCUUGUGCAUGUUGAGGAGUGUGCUUUUCUCGUUUGUCCGGCUUCCAGCCCUCGCUACGUUUUGCUGCCAUUCGAGGAAUAUGGGGAAUCCCAGGAAUCAUUUACCGGACAGAUGGACAGAAUACACUUCACUUGGAAAGCGCAUCCCCGGCACACGUUUUAUUGCUUUUAAGGUCCCUUUAAAAAAAAUAUUCAAUUGCAGGAUUGAGUCGUGGCAGAGAUUCUCAUCAGCCGACCUCAUCAGGGACAUCCAAGCCCAGGACGAGGAACUGGGACUGAUCAUUGAUUUAACAUGUACCACUCGAUACUACUCUCCAGAGGAGUUACCAGAAUCACUACAUUAUGCAAAGAUUUUCACAGUUGGGCAUGAAGUGCCGAGUGAUGAAACCAUCUUUCAGUUCAAAUCCAUUGUAAACCAGUUCCUAGAGGAAAAUUCAAGCAAUGAUAAAUUAAUUGGCGUUCACUGUACUCAUGGUUUAAACAGGACUGGCUACUUGGUGUGCAGGUACCUGAUUGAUGUGCUUGGCAUGGAGCCCUCAGAUGCCAUAGAAAAGUUUAAUCAGAGCCGCGGACACUGCAUAGAACGCAAGAAUUAUUUAGAUGACCUGAUGCAUGGAGACGUGAGAAGUAACGCUGAAUGCGAUGAACCACAGUUGCCUCGACCCAAAUACCAGCAGAAAAUUCCAAAUGUAAAUAAUCCUUCAGUGCCUCCAUGUCCACCCCCGCAUCAUCGACCAGAUCAGCCCCGGUUUUCUAGGUUUGGAAAUCCCACGGAUGCACCUUGGAUACCAGAAUCCAGACCCAGAUUUGUACACCCACCCAGGCACAACAUGCCACGGCCAAUGUACAAUGAUCCAUCCAUGGAUUACAACAGUCGCAGGUAUCCCAGAGACGAUGAUUGGCAGCAGUUAGACCAAUGGAACCCCCAUCCAUACCAUUAUGGCAACCAACAAUCAAGAAAUCCCAAUGGUCAUCAACCACCAUCUAGAUAUUCCAAUGGCAACCAAACACCACCAAGAUCUGCCAACACCCCCCGAGGCUCUGCUUCUUGGCGAACUGAAGGCAAUGAUUCUUACAGAAGGCAUCCAGCAAGAGGCAUGAAAACUCGAAAAUACUGACAAUUACACAGUUUUAAAGGGAUCAUUUCCAACUGAUUACUUUUAGUCCUAUAUAUAUAUAUAUAUAUAUAUACAUUUUAAAAUAAUGCACUAUUUAUAGCAAUCCAGUAAGUUCAGCAGGGGAGCACACACUAGUCAGAGCAGUUGAAAUCUAGAUCUCGGCAGCGUAACACACUGGGGGUCAUUUAUCAACACUGGGCAAAUUUGCCCUUGGGCAAUAACACAUAGCAACCAAUCACAUUGCUGCUUUAAUUGUUCUACUUGCAACUGGCUUUAAAAAGCUAAUCACUGAUUGGUUGCUAUAGGUAACUGCCCCUAGGCAAAUUUACCCGGUGUUGAUAAAUGAGUCACAAUGUGCUGCUCAGAAUUCCCUUUCAAUCAUGGGUACAUAAAAUGCAUUGCAAAAGUAUUGAGGCAUUUGACCAAUUCACAAAAUUUACUAAAAACCACCAAAGCUGAAUUGUUUUCUGUGAUAUUUCUUUUGAAGCAGUAAAGCUCAAGUGUUUUUAUUUUUUAA